AUGGCAGACUCCGUACGCAGCCAGCUCCUGGAAAUGGGCUAUCCCACGGAGGACGUGGAUCAGGCCAUCCGUUCGGCCGGUCACGUCGAAACCCCCAGUGAUGUGCUUGAUGUACCGUACCUGGCCGUGGGCGAGGCCUGGUGCUGCGAUCAGUGUCACACCAUCAACUCUGCCACAGCCUUCCCCUGCACCUCGUGCCAAUACCCGCUCGUGGUAACCGAUGCCAUGAAGACGGCCCUGGGCUUCUUCGAUGGCAACACAUCCGGCACCUAUGUCUCGCUGACCGCCCCGACGGCCCAUCCGCGUCGUGAGCAGGACCGCCACCAGCAUCUCACCGCCGCAGGGGAUGCUGGAGCGCCGCAUGCAGCCACCGAUCAGGAUAGCAACGCCCCACCACCACUCGUGCUCUCUCCCGAUCAUCACACGGGCACCGGUGCCGUCUCUGUCCAUGCCUUUCAGUGCCCCAUGUGCUUUUUCGUGGGCGAUCAGCCUCCCUGCAUCCUUUGCACGUUUGACCCAAACACUGAUGAGAUGCCCCUGCAAGCCGACGAGCAGCAACAGCAACCGUCCGUCAGUUCUCUGUCUGAUGAUUUUGAGCUCUUGCAAAUGGAGGUCGAGGCUCAAGCUAAGGUUGUUGUCUUUGAUACUGCCGCCGACACGGGUGCGGUAUGCCUGGCCGAAGGCGGCUUUCGCUUUCGAGUCUACGCACCUCAUGCCACGCGCGUUGAAGUGGCCGGUGACUUUAACAAUUGGCAUCCUGAAGCAACUGUCCUGUCCCGAGAGCACGACGGCCAUUGGCGCGGCAAUGUUCAAGAGGCACAAGCAGGCCAGCGCUACCGCUACCGUGUUCAUUUCAAACGCAGCGCCCAAAUGCCCUUGACUCCAUCAGCCAUCGAUAUUAUCGAGCGAGAUGCGUUUCAGCGUCGCCGAUUCAACGCCGUUCUUUACGACAACAGUGGCUUUACCUGGACGGAUGCCGGCUUUGAGCGCCCCAAUUUGCAGGAACUUGUGUUGUGCGAAGUGCACGUUGCCUCCUUUUCCAGUUCGGGCGAUGCCAUGGGCACCUUUGACAAUGUGAUUGAGCGUCUGGAUUAUCUGGUCGAUCUGGGUGUCAACGGUCUGGCUCUCAUGCCCGUGUCCCAAGAUUAUCAUCCCUGUGAGGAAGAGGACUUUCAUUGUUGGGGGUACGAUCCUCUGUCUCUUUUUGCUGUGCAAACAAGCUAUGGCGGUCCGGAUGGCCUGAAGCGUUUGGUGAACGAGGCCCACUUGCGUGGGAUUGCGGUGGUCUUUGACUUUGUGCCCAACCACAUGCAUAAUCGCAAUGUUCUUCAAUGGUUUGACGGCACCAACCUGUACUUUGCCGAUGAAACAACGGACUGGGGGCCGCGGCCGCAGUUUGAUGAUCCCGUGGUGCAAGAUUACAUUAUCGACGCCGCACUCUCCUUUUUCCGUGAUUUCCACAUGGAUGGCAUUCGCGUGGACAGUACUCCCAACGUGCGCGGCAUUGGCCGUGACUUGCCUGGUGGCUGGCAGCUAUUGCAGGCGCUGAACGAUGCCGUACACGAGCGUUAUCCAGAUGCAUUUACCAUUGCCGAGGAUUUGUACGAUGAUCACCGCCUCAACACGGGCGGGGCUUGCUUUGACCUUCAGUGGUGCCAGGGCACCUUCAAGUCACUUUACCAAAUUGCCACGGCCGUUGAGGACCGUACACGCGACUUGCAAGCCCUGGCCAAUCAUUUGGAGCACCCACAUCCUGGGCCUAUGGCUGGACGCAUUCUUUUCACGGAAAACCACGACACCGUGCCCGGUGAUCGCGAGCGGCGGAUACCUUUGGCAAUCACCCGUGGCGUGGCCGGCGUUGAUCCACAUCAAAACUUUUUUGCACAGCGUCGCACCACGGCCAUUGCAGCGAUCAUGUUGACGACACCGGGCGUCCCCAUGCUCAUGCAAGGACAAGAGCUUCUCGAGCUCAAUUCACCCGUCUGGCCCGAAGGGCCAGCCAUCGAUUGGCACAACCGUGUCAAAAACUUUGGCAUCCAUCGCUUGUUCAAGGAUAUGAUUGCGUUGCGCCGCAACCUCGAGGGCAAGACGCUGGGGCUGACGGCACCGAAUGUUCGCGUUCAUCACUUGAAUCCCGAGAAUUCCAUUAUCGCCUAUCAUCGCUGGUCGCGUGGCGGCUGUGGUGACGAUUGCAUUGUGGUGGCCAAUUUCUCCAACCAAAACUUCAGCUCGUACCGCCUCGGCUUCCCCCGUGACGGCGAGUGGCGUCUGCAGCUUGACACCUCUGAUGACACGUACAGCGAUCUGAAUCUGGCAACACGGGAGGUCUUCCCAGUUGACAGCAUUUUCGUCGACCACUACAAUCCUCGAGAUGGCUACCCAUUUUCUGGGGCCACACCCUUGCCACGCUAUUCGGUGCUCAUGUUUGCGCAGGAGCCCAUUGCGCGCCUCGUGUUUCGUGUGCAAUACGAGACAGACUUUGGUGACCAAGUUUGCGUCUGCGGCAACCUGGAAGCCUUGGGCUCAUGGGAGCAGCCGGUGCCGCUCAACACCAACCUGGGUGACGCCCCAGUCAGUACUGCUUGCUGCCCUGGCAAAUUGGUCUCGAGGGGCCAUCGAGCUAGCAUCUUUCAAUACUCACCCAUUGAUGUAUUUUGA